CCCGCAGAGAUGAAGACGGUGUGGGUUGUGUCCGGAGGUCGGGCGGAGUUGCCCUGCGUCCCUCGCACUCAGUACCCGGAUGACCAGCCUGUCCUCGUCCUGUGGUAUCGCUCGAGCAAGACGCGCCCCGUCUACAGCUACGAUGCGAGGGUGGGCGACUUCACUGCGGGCGUGCGAUGGACAGACCCGGAGACGCUCGGCGGGCGCGCCUACUUCACCGUCAUCUCCGAGCCGCCCUCGCUGGUGCUCGAGCCCGCCCACCCCCAGGACGAGGGCGUGUAUACCUGUCGGGUCGACUACCGCCUGUCCACCUCCACCAGGACGAACGUCAACCUCACCGUCGUCAUUCCUCCCGGGCCGCCCAUGGUGAUGUGGCGAGGGCAGCGUGUGGUGGGCGCCGUGGGUCCACUGACGGAGGGCGAGAGAGUCGACCUGACGUGCCGGAGCGUGGGUGGGCGCCCUCAGCCCGUGCUUACCUGGUGGAGGAAGGGCCUGCGGCUGCCUCUUCUGACGGUCAACUCGACGACUGAUUCCGUUACAGGAACCUACGCCGUGGAAGCUACCCUCACUCUGACGGCGUCGAGGGCUAUAGCUGGCGUGGACUUCACCUGCCACGCCUACACGCCCACGGAACUCCACGGGGACGACGGCUCAGCAAUCGUGCAGCCUCGAACAGCCACCAUUUCGCUUAAUGUCACAUUGCCUCCUAUGGAAGUUCGUAUCCUGAGCUCCGAGCACCCCAUAGCCGCCGGCAGAUCCAUCCGCCUGGUGUGUCGCUCCGUGGGGUCCCAUCCGCCCGCUCACCUCUCUUGGUGGAGCGGCACCUCGCCCCUUCGUCAGGUAGUUCGCGCGAUCGAGGACGCCGGUAACGUAACGACAGCAACCCUGAACAUACUGGUGGAGAGACAGCACGACGGCACGACACUCAGAUGCACGGGAAUCAAUCCAGCUCUUCCCCACUCGCCGCUGACGGACACGUACAAGCUGACGGUGCACUACGCCCCCGUGGUGGGCCUGCGCCUGGGCCGCGCGCUGACCCCGAGGCUGAUCAAGGAAGGCGACGACGUGUACUUCGAGUGCGACGUGCAGGCCAACCCGCCCUUCCACCGCGUCGACUGGUUCCACAACGGCAUGACGAUGGAGCACAACAUGAGCGCGGGCGUCAUCAUGAGCGGUCUCUCCCUCAUCAUCAGAGACGUGACGCGACAGCAUGCCGGCUCAUACACCUGCGAGGCGGCCAACAUGGAGGCGAGGACGAUCAGUAACGCCGUCUAUCUCACUGUCAAACACGCGCCCGUGUGCGCCGGCACGGGGCUCGAGCGGACCCAGGGCGCCGCCAGAGGGUCAGCCACGGCCGUCAAGUGCACGGUGGAGGCGGAGCCCGCCCGCGGCAUCUCUUGGACAUGGGUGAGGACGCUGGCGGACGGAAGCGAGGUGGACCUCCCGGAGGAGAGCAUCAGUAGCGAGGGCGUCUCCUCCAGCGUCUCCGUCACGCCCCAGACGCCCGAGGACUACGGCCAGCUGCUGUGUCGCGCCUCCAAUGAGGUCGGGCAGCAGCGGCAGGCGUGCGUGGUGACCCUCGUGCCCGCGGGGCCCCCGGACACGCCCUCCAACUGCACCGCCGCGCCCGUCAACCCGGAGGCCUCGACGGACAGCGCCUCGCUUGCCGUCAGCUGCCUGGAGGGCUUCGACGGAGGCCUCCCGCAGAGCUUCCUGCUGGAGACGUGGCAGGAGGGCGUCCUCAUCGCCAACAUGUCCAGCGACUUCCCCGAGUGGGUGGUGACGGAGCUCCGCGCGGGCGUAGGGGCUACCUUGCAAGUGACCGCCUACAACGCCCGGGGAGCGAGUGGCACCUUGCUGAUGGAGGUCCUUACCACCAGCGCCCAACACCAUGCAGCUCCGGAUGCUAAAGGCAUGCCCGACAUCCCGCCCCUGCUCGGCGCUGCGCUGGGUGGGGUGGGCGUGCUGCUCCUCCUGCUGCUCGUGGGCGUGGUCGUAGCGAAGCGAGUCCAUCGACGACCCAAAAAGCCCGUCGUGGAAAUGGCUCUCACGCCAACCGCCGGCGACGACUACGACCCCGACGUAGUGAAGUCCAUCCCGCGCCGCCCGCACAGCCUCGACGUCCUGCCGCACGCCCGCGAGGACGAGGCGCACGAGAUGGACCUCCGCAGCCAGGACGAGGACGACGAGGACGCCCUUGACGCCGCCACGCACGCCUUCGUCCAUUCGCGACCCGGGAGCUGCUCCUCCAGCGACAGCCAGAGCGUGGCGAGUCCUCACCACCUCGACGAGAGCCACCUGUACGAAGCGGACAGACAGUUAUCGCCCGGGAGAUGCUCCUGCGCCCACAGACACAGCCACACGCCCACGCCGGACGAGGAACCUCGCGACAGCCACCACAGAAGCAGAGACAGACAGGAUGUUAAUGAGUCACCCAAGGCUUCAGAAGCAGAGGAAAGGAUCACUGAGGUUUCAAAAAAUUUCCAGUGCUGGAGAUCCGACACAAAGAUGCCACCGUCCCCUCAGAACCUGACCUCUAGCGGGGAAAAAAAGAUUACCUCACGUAACGCCAUCUUCCAGUCCAGCCUUGGGGGACCAUCGUCUCGCUUGCCGACCUUUCGGGCCAAAGAAACCUCAACAGAUAUUUAAAAAGGAAAAAAAUAAUGAAACAGAACUAAAGUAAAAAUAAAAGUAAAUGGAUAUAUGACAUAAAAUAAAAGAAUCUCAGCAAAUUACGAAAAUGAGAGUAUAAAAAGAGCAGAAUAAAAUAAACCUAAGCAUAUUAAAAGAAUAAAAAGAUAAUCGAAAUCAAAUCAAUUAAAUAAAAAGAUGUAAGACAUAAGUUAUCAAAAAGUCAAUUAAAAAUAUUUAUUAAUAAAAAUAUAUUAUAUGUAUGACUAACCAAAACGAAAAAAGUAUCUUUAACUGGGAUUAUACACAUUUUACAUGGAAAUAGUAUUCUCAUUAUCAUUUCAUUAUUUUAUUUCUAAAUGAGAACUAUUCCAAAAUAUAAAGACAGAGGCGCGUGGAGUCCUAAAACUGCGCCAUUUUUCUUCUUCUACGGGAUCCAGAUAUAUUAAUUUUUCAGGAAAUAAUGUUAAGCGUCUCGGGCUAAUCAAGCUGUACCAAGAAAUGGAUUUUGUGCUUUUGAACCUGUUUCAGAAUAUGAUGCUCGUGUCCAGUGGUUAUCUCUGUCCAUGUGUUGUUACGAAAUAUACUGUAUGUACAUGUUUACACACAUAUUCAUGCAUUCACACACACACACACACACACACACACACACACACACACACACACACACACACACACACACACACACACACACAUACACACACCUCUGUGAUGCAAGAAAAAAUAACGUAUUACUAUUCAGAUGCAGAUUAUGCAUCUUGGCUUGAACUCAUGAGGUGAGAAAUGGGGUUUUGAAAAUGUGCCAAAAUGGUUUCGAGCCAAAAUACGUGAAUCAUACAUAACCACUACGUUUUGUUUUGUUUUUUGUUUUUGUUUUUAUACAUUAAACGCGGAGAAAUAUAUUAUCUAGACUUGAUUUUGUGUUUUUAGUGAAAGUAGCAACUGUGAAAAUCUGUGACGAAGUAUUCCAAAAAUAGUUUUUUACGUGCAAAUGAAUUGCAUUCUGAUAAUAAAACCAAUGAUAAUUUAGUGUUUGCAGAUUCAGCUAAUGAAAUUAACAUGAAGGAUCUUCAUGAGUGAUGUUAAAUUUCAUUCAUUUGAGAACUAUGUAGUAUAUACAGUUAUUAUCAUUUACAGUACACGUAAAAAAAAAUAUCUACACUCUUGAAACUAUAUCCUACGUAGGUCUUUGAUUAAAACUGAACUCGAGUGUACGUUCGUUCUAUUUCUUGCACGUUUAUAUUUUUUUUUUUUCCUUUCUUUUUUAAGUGUGUGAAUUUCGAAGACGGUACUGUUAUAGAUUCAUCAUUCUAUGUGCGUUCCCUUCGAGGAACACUUCUACAAGAGUACAAAGGCAUGAUUCCGAAUAGUGUUCGAUCGUCUGUUAGUGUGAAAUGAAAGAAUCUGAUAUUCAACGGGUGCUCCUUAAAGACUUGAAAAAAUGGAUAGAUAAAUGAACAAAUAAAUGGUAUGAUAAAAAGUGUAUGUCGAAUACACAGGCGAGUUUACAAAGACGCCAUCAGGCAUGAAACCAUAAUCUACUUUAGGGCUUUAUCUAUUUCGCGGACGCUCAGGUUUAAUAACUAUUAAAUCCAUGAUGUCGUAAAGUGUAGUUCCUUCUUGUCACAAACUCGGUAUUUAGUGAAGUCGACGUUUGUACAUGUACAUGUAUUUUGACAUAUAUAUCUGUGCUGUGAGCUUUAUGUUCAUUUGUAUAUGACAUAUGAGUGCCAAAAUAAAAUUAAGAUCUUG